AUACACCCAUCGCUCAUACCAGCGUUCAGUGGCGAGGGUAUGUAUGGCAAUCUCGUCCACCAAGCAGUGGUUAAGCGCGGCGUUAAAGUCACUGGAUGCACAGUUCAUUUCGUCACCAAUGAAUACGAUGCUGGUCCUAUCAUACUGCAGAAGGUCUGCGAAAUUUCAUCUGGGGAUAGCUGGGAGGCCGUUCGCGAUAAGGUGGCUGUUGCGGAACGAGAAGCAUACCCCGCGGCGAUCCAACUUCUCGUUGAUGGAUGUCUGAGAGUUGAAGACGGCAUCGUUGAGAUUAUUGAGGCCCCAUAG